CGCAACUCAAAAAGUCGAGAUCGAGAGACAGCAUAGUUGGAUGGAAGUGGGAAGCGGGAAGCCGAAGAAAUCGUCAGACCCCACAACAGCAGAAAGUCAAAACAUCGUGAAGGAAUCAACGAUCGAUCCUUUGCUCGUUCUUCCUCUCAAUUUUGCGUUUUGCAGAUUGCCCAAAUCAUUGAUUUCUCAGAGUUUCACACAAAAAUAGAAACUUGGGGAAAUCCAGAAUUCAGCUGAUUGAACAGAGAAAGUCCCUUCCUCAAGCUUUUGACUUUGAUUGCUUUCUGCCAUUUCCCAAAUCCCAGUUUCCGAUCCCAACAACAGAAACUGUAAGAUCUUAGUUUCUACAUUGCAGAUGGGAGAUGGAGGCCAGGAAUACACUGUCGAUGAGGCUCUUGUGGCCAUGGGGUUUGGAAAAUUCCAAAUUCUUGUGCUUGCUUAUGCCGGCAUGGGUUGGGUCUCAGAAGCCAUGGAGAUGAUGUUACUUUCUUUUGUUGGACCAGCAGUUCAGUCUGCUUGGGGUCUUUCUUCUAAACAAGAAAGUUUUAUAACUAGUGUGGUUUUUGCUGGAAUGCUAGUCGGAGCAUACUCAUGGGGCAUCGUUUCUGAUAAACAUGGACGUAGGAAAGGAUUCCUAAUUACAGCCACAAUUACUUGGGCUGGUUUUCUGAGUGCUUUUUCCCCUAAUUAUGCAUCCUUGCUCGUUCUUCGUUGCUUGGUUGGUGUUGGUUUGGGAGGUGGCCCUGUACUCUCAUCCUGGUUUCUGGAGUUCAUUCCUGCUCCUAACAGAGGCACGUGGAUGGUUAUUUUUUCAGCAUUUUGGACUCUUGGAACAAUUCUUGAGGCUUCACUUGCGUGGUUUGUCAUGCCAAACUUUGGUUGGAGGUGGCUACUUGCCUUAUCUUCACUCCCUUCAUCGCUUCUCCUCAUAUUCUAUUGGGUUGCACCUGAAUCACCAAGAUAUUUGUGCUUAAAAGGUCGAACAACUGAGGCAAUCAAUAUUUUGGAGAAAGUAGCAAGAAUGAAUGGAAUGAAACUCCCUUCUGGGAAUCUUGUUUCUGAUUUGAAAAUAGAGUUAUCUGAAGAGGUUACUUCAUCAGAAGAUGCACAUUUGAUCUCGCCGACAGAUGAUAAAGAUCCAAUUCCUGCAGAGAUGGAUUCCAAUAUGGGUGGCAUCUCUUCACUGUUAACACUUCUUUCCCCAAAAUUAGUCCGAUCUACUUUGCUCUUAUGGGUAGUAUUCUUUGGGAAUGCUUUUUCAUAUUACGGCCUGGUGCUUCUGACAACUGAGUUGAACAGUGGACAUAGUAAAUGUACGCCAGAACAAAUACAGUCAGACAAAGCGCCGGAUACUAGCUAUAGACAUGUUUUCAUCGCUAGUUUUGCAGAGUUUCCUGGGCUCCUCUUAUCUGCUGCCAUGGUCGACAAACUGGGUCGUAAGCUUUCAAUGUCAGCCAUGUUCUUCAUAUGUUGCAUUUUUCUACUCCCCUUGGUUGUCCAUCAGUCUCAGGGCUUGACCACUAGUCUUCUGUUUGGAGCUCGCAUAUGCAUCACAGCGACCUUCACAAUAGUCUACAUAUACGCCCCGGAGAUAUACCCAACCUCAAUCCGAACAACUGGCGUUGGAAUCGCAAGUUCAAUGGGAAGAAUUGGCGGAAUGAUCUGCCCUCUUGUGGCAGUAGGUUUGGUACAUGGAUGCCAUCAAACAGCAUCGAUUUUGCUGUUUGAGAUUGUAAUUUUUCUUUCGGGGGUAUGCGUGUUGCUCUUUCCGUUUGAAACAAUGGGCCGUGAAUUGAGCGAUAGUAUAUCGGAUUCAAUGGAUCAAAUCAAAACCAGUAAAUGAAUUUGUAUGAACAUACCACAUAUGGUACAUUUUUUAUACAGUCGAUGCGAUAAACGCGAGAGACAAUUGGGCAAGGAUUCUCUUGUUCCUUACCAAAUGCAGCUUGUGAAAAUUUAGCAGCA